AUGGAUGACUUCACCGUUGCUCCUUACAAUGGUCAGCAGCUAGUUUAUGCUACUGCCUAUGGCCAAGGUGGUUGGAAGUCUAUGGGCUUUAGCCCUGUGUCGGAUCUGAACAACCUUGGUUCUGCGUCGCAGACUCUUCAGACCGGUACCGCUGUGGCCCCAACUCUGUUCUAUUUCAGACCUAAGGGUAUCUGGAUCUUGGCCCAUCAAUGGGGCCCUACCAAGUUCUCAUACAGGACUUCAAACAACCCUACCAACGUCAAUGGUUGGUCUCAACCACAACCUCUCUUUACUGGAGAAAUUGCCAAUGCACGAUUCGGCCCCAUCGAUCAAACCAUCAUUGGCGAUAGCAGAAACAUGUACUUGUUCUUCUGCGGCGACAAUGGUAGAAUUUACCGCGCGUCCAUGCCUAUCGGCAACUUCCCUGGAAACUUUGGAUCGAAUUCCCAGAUUAUCCUGCAGGAUACUGAAGACAACCUUUUCGAAGCCGUUCAGGUUUAUACCGUCCAAGGACAGAACAAAUAUCUGAUGAUUGUUGAGGCCAAGGGUAGAAAUGGUCGGUUCUUCCGAUCUUUCACCGCGAACAGCCUUGAUGGUCAGUGGACUGUCAAUGCUGGCACCGAAAGCAACCCCUUCGCCGGCAAGGCAAACUCAGGCGCCACCUGGACCAACGAUAUCAGCCACGGAGAGCUGAUCCGCACUGCCAACGAUGAGACAUUCCCCAUUGACCCUUGUAACUUGAAGCUUCUGUACCAAGGACGCAACCCCAGCAUCAAUGUCGACUACAACCUCCUGCCAUACCGCCCCGGUCUCCUGACACUCCGUCGAUAG